CCGCGAAGUAGUCGCACUACGGAAGGGACGUCGAGACGACCGAAUUCUGUGCGGCAUCUAUACGCACGCGGAGUCCUGCGUUGACGGACUCUGAGCCGAUGGCCUUUGGUGUGGACCAACGACCAUGUGCAGGAGUGGGUGUGUCAAAUAGGACUGGAGGAUCACGCGUGACAUCUCUCCGAGAGCGGGAUACACGGAGGAGUCAUCGCCCUUGACAACG